UGUCACAUGUCAUUUAGUUGAUGUAGAUGUUUUUAUUCUUUUUAUUGAAUUAAAUAAAAUCAAGUGUAAGUGGUAAGUGUAAUCAAAUUAUCAAAUGGAAGUAAAACAAGAAAUUAGCGAGGAUUACAAAGUAGAUAAUGACACCUGUGUUGGUCCUUUGGAUGCCUUGGAAAUUAAAAUUAAGGAAGAACCCAAGACAGAAGCUUCAUACCAGAACCAGGUAUUUCUAGAUGAUUUCCCCAUAAACACAAUCACUAAAGUAGAACAAGACGAAUAUAAAACACUAUUUGAAGAACAACAAACAACUAAGGAAGAAAGUUGUUCUCAGGAGGAGAACACAAUGGACAUUAUGGGAAAGUUACAUUCGUCUCAUAAAGAUAAAUAUACAGGUCACCACGUUGAUGGAACAAUAUUAAAUACAAAUAUGGAAUUUGGUACUGGACAAAGACCUUACCAAUGUGAAAUAUGUUUCAAGCAGUUUUCUCAAACAAACAAUUUGAAAUUACAUUAUUUGAGAUUGCACACUGGAGAAAAAACUUUCAAGUGUGAAAUUUGUUUAAAGCAAUUUGAUACAGCUACACAGCUAAAAAGACAUUUGGCAAUACACAGUAGAAAAAAACCAUAUAAGUGUGAAAUUUGUAUAAAGCAAUUUGCUACAACAAUUCAGUUAAAAAGACAUUCGGUAAUACACAGUGGAGAAAAAUCAUACCAGUGUGAAAUUUGUUUAAAACAAUUGACUACACUAGGUAAUUUAAAUAGACAUUUGGUAAUACAUAGUGAAGAAAAACCAUAUAGGUGUGAAAUUUGUCUUAGGCAGUUUAUUACUAAUGGUGAUCUGGAAAAACACUUAAGGAUGCACACUGGAGAAAAACUGCACGAGUGUGAAAUUUGUUUAAAGCAGUUUGUUUCCAGAGGUGAUUUGAACAAACACUUGAGAGUGCACACUGGAGAAAAACCGUACAAGUGUGAAACUUGUUUAAAGCAGUUUAGAACUGCAAGUAUUUUGAACACACAUUUGAGAAUGCACACUGGAGAAAAACCUUAUCAGUGUGAAAUUUGUUUAAAACAAUUUACUAUACCAAGUAAUUUAAAAAGACAUUUGAAAAUUCACAGUAAAGAAAAACCAUACAAGUGUGAAAUUUGUCUUAAGCAGUUUUUUCAAGCAACUAAUUUGAAAACACAUUUGAUAGUGCAUACUGGAGAAAGACCGCACGAGUGUGAAAUUUGCUUAAAGCGGUUUAAUACUACAGGUGAUUUGAAAAGACACUUGAAAGUGCACACUGGAGAAAAACCGUACAAGUGUGAAAUUUGUUUUAAGAAAUUUAGUGAUGUAAGUCAUUGGAAAAGACACUCGAGAAGGCACACUGGAGAAAAACCAUACAAAUGUGAAAUUUGUUUAAAGGGGUUUAUUACUUCAACUGAUUUGAAAAUGCAUUUGAGCGUGCACACUGGCGAAAAACCGCACAAGUGUGAAACUUGUUUAAAGGAGUUUAUUAGAAGAAGCGAUUUGAACAAACAUUUGAGAGUACACACUGGAGAAAAACCUUACAAGUGUGAAACUUGUUUAAAGCGGUUUAUUACUACAAGAGAUUUGAAAAGACAUUUGAGGGCUCACACUGGAGAAAAGCCUUAUAAGUGUAAAAUUUGUUUAAAGCAAUUUACUACUAAAGGUAAUUUAAAAGGACAUUUAGGAACUCAUAUUGGAGGAAAAGAAAGUGUGAAAUUUUGUUUAAACCAUUAGUGCAUAUAAUCCGUUUAAAAUAAUCUGCAUUUUAACCCCUUCUUCUUAUAUUAGGCCUCUUCAUCUGUUCUUAACCGAUUUGAGCUUGUAUUCGUAGAUGUGAUGUUGACUGCCAGCUAUCUCGCCACCUUUUAAAGGGCCUUCCUAUUAAUCUCUGUUGGCUUUGAAUCUCUGGCUCUGCUUAUUCUCUCGCUGUCACUCGUCACAUGCUGAUUCCACUCUCGUCUUCUCUGUCUUCCGUAAUAUGUCUUGUAUGUUACAGAGACCUCUUAUUCUGUCGUUCGGUAUUCUAUCUCUCAGUGAUUUCCCAGUUAUUGACCUCGACGUUCUCAUUUCUGAUGUUCUCAGUAUCCUCUUUCUUUUCUGCUGUGGCACAUCUUGUUUCUAUCGCCUACGUCAUGAUCGGUCUUACACGUGAUUUGUAUAUGGGUACUUUCCCUUCCAGUCUCAUCUUUAUUUCCCCAGAUGACAUCCCUCAGAUAUCCUGACACGUAAUAGGCUUUAUUUGCUUGCUUUCGAACGCUCUCUUUAACAUCCUCAUAACUGCAUAGUUCGACUCCCAAAUAUUCGAAUCUCGAGACUUGUUCAAUUAGUUUCUACUUCCGAUGUUUGUCAUUCGCUGUUAGUGCCUUUCGCUGUAUUUUAUCUUCGUUGUCGGAGAUUAAGAUUGCGUCGUCAGCAUAACAGGAUUUUUAUUUGUUUUUCUGCCAUCUGAUAUCGUGUUCCUGUACUUUUAAUGUUUUCUGUGAUUUUGUCCAUUACUAAAUUAAACUUCCGAUGACCCACCUUUUUUUGUUACACGGAUGACCAACGAUGGUAAAAAAUGGCCCCGAGUCAAAAAUGACAAUUGAAAAAAGAAAUAAGUUGUUUUAAGAAAUAAAAUAAUAGGUUUGUUCUAGCAUCAGUUUCAAACAUAUAGUGGACCAGCGCGAGUAGAGGGGAUAGCACUGGUGACUGUAUUAUGUUUUCUCACUGACCAACUGUUUGCUGACGGUUUCUGACUAGUUUGACUGUUUGCUAGAACAAACCUAAUGUAUUCGCAAUUUUAAUAUUAGUAUUGUAUCAAUAAAUGAUAAAUAAACAUUAGUAAAACAUAUUUCAAUCACAACUAAACCAAAACAGAAAUCAUCAUUCUGAACAUAGAACUAAAGAAAUUUUGAAAUAUACACUAAUUUACGUCGCCACAGGUUUAACAAACAACUUUUUUUCAAUAUUGGAAUGUUUCUUACAAACAAUUCCACAUAAUAGACCGUAUUUACUUAAUAUAAAAUUGGAACAUGGGAGGCCAAGGAAGUUCGUCUUUGACCCCAAAUUCAGAAAAAAAAAAUUUCGUAAAAUAUAGGUAUUUAAAUUAGUUCAAUUAAAAAAAAUAAUAAAAGUAGUAAACUUUGUAUCUAGGGCUUUUCGUCUUCCUCGUAUUACGAGAGAUGUAGCUGUUUUGCGUAUCAAAAGAUGGAGUCAUUGCAUCGCGAUGUUUUCCCUUAAAUAGGCAGGGUGUUGAUAUUUGGUUUAGAGUUGUGACUGCAUAGCUUCACUGAUGAUGCAUAUAUGCUGAAAUAGCUAUAUGGAGAUGGUGGUCCAACUCCGAAUCAAAUAAAAACAUAAAUUGCCUUUAACUUUAAAAAAAUAAUGAGUUUAAAAUUGAAAAUAUUUCUGAGUUUAUUAAAUAAAAACAUACAUUGGGGUCCAAAUUUACCCCGCUUGGUCAUCCUAAGGUUAAAAAGCAAUGGGCUCAAGCUAUCUCCUUGUCUGAUUCCCGAGUUGAUUUCUACUUCCGAUGUUAGUUCAUUCUCGACUUUUAUUCAGGUUUUGUUCUUUGUAUUAAUGUCUUUAAUUAUCCUUAUCAUCUUGUUGGGUUGAUUUUUCUCCUUUAGUAAUCUUAGCACAUCUUCUAAUCUUACACAAUCGAAGGCUUUAGUCAGAUCUAUAAAGCACAUAAAUGCAGGUUUAUUAUAUUCCAGUGCUUUCUCAGCAAUUUGUUAUAGCUGUAUGGUUAUGAAUAUGGCGUCUAUUGUGGACCUAUUUUUUCGAAAACCUUGUUGUAGCCUCCCCACUGUAUUAAUUUUAAGCCCCCACUGUAUUAAAGCUGUGGGAGUAGGACACCCUGCGUAUAUCUGUAGUGGUAUUAUAACAAUGUGUAUAAAAUAUGUUUUACAGUUAAUUUCGAACAACUUUAUUAUUGUUUUAACUCGUAUUAACCUUAAGGUGACAAGUAAACGAAAUAAACAUGACAUUUAUCUCGACGUGCUGUGGUAAUCAGUUGAUGGCUAUAAAGAAUAGUGAAAAGGACAGGGGAUCUGUAUUUGUUAUUAGAUGCGAGCAUGGCGUAACAUUGGUAUAUGUGUAUAAAAUAUGUUUUACAGUUAAUUUCGAACAACUUUAUUAUUGUUUUAACUCGUAUUAACGUUAAGGUGACAAGUAAACGAAAUAAACAUGACAUUUAUCUCGACGUGCUGUGGUAAUCAGUUGAUGGCUAUAAAGAAUAGUGAAAAGGACAGGGGAUCUGUAUUUGUUAUUAGAUGCCAGCAUGGCGUAACAUUGGUAUAGGUCUUGUUAUUAUUGUAAACAAAUUGUAUGGGUUAGUCACCGAUUGUUUAAAUAUAAAUAUAGUGUUAUCUGAA